AUGAUCGACUACCUCAUAAUUCGAUCCCAUAGACAAAAGUGUGUCUCAGUGGUUAGCAGGGCUGCCACAAAGCACCGUGGACACGUGUUUGGUUCCGCCUUGGCGCGUCUGCCUGUGCGAGUUCGUACAUUUUCCCCCUGUCUGCAGCUAAAGACUGCAGCUUCAGAUAAUCUAGUCGUUUCUGAAAGGAAAUGCAUGGAGCAGCCAAUGGUCUCUUCUUUGCAAUUUGCUAUCCCAUUCUUGCAGUUAUUGGUGCCCCUGGUAGCUAAACCAGCCAAUGACUCAUCAGACACUGUAAAUAAGAGUUUUCCAAAACACCCGGACAUUAAGGGGCACUCUAACACACCUGAAGGAGGCCUACGCCAGUUGACCAAUUUGGUGGCAAUCAUAAUCCUUUCCCGAGGAUGGUGCGGACUCUCCCGGUGCGUCACUUACUACUUGUUGGUCAUAGGGGUGUCUGAUUUCCUUGUCAUUAUCACCUCUGUCAUCCUCAACAGGAUUGGACGUAUCUACUUAAGGUAUAGUGCUCUCUCAACUACACCCGGUUGCACACUUAGUGCGGUGCUGGUUCGUUGCACUCGGGAUAGCUCUGUUUGGCUGACAGUGGCAUUCACCAUUGACCGCUUUGUCGCCAUCUGUUGCCAGAGCCUGAAGACCAGAUACUGUACUGAACAAAUUGCAUUGUUGGUUAUAGGAACGAUCUUUGUCCUGAGUUGCAUCAAGAACAUUCCCUUUUACUUCAUCUACCAACCCUUGUACAUCCAGGAUAAAGUGCCCUGGUUCUGUGACGUCAAGGUCUCCUUCUAUACUUUGCCUGUCUGGCAGGCCUACCACUGGCUGGACCACAUCUUAACCCCGUUUCUUCCAUUCCUUCUCAUACUACUUCUCAAUGCACUGACUGUGAGACACAUCUUCGUGGCCAGCAGAGCCCGCAGGAGGCUUCGAGGUGCAUUGAGUCGUGAAGACUCAGAGAUGACCAACCGCAAUAAGUCCACGGUGCUGCUUUUCACCAUCUCUCUCAGCUUCCUCUGCCUGUGGAUCACCUAUGUCGGGCAGUUCCUCUACGUGCGGGUUACAGGUGUGGGCUACUUCACGGGUCUGAAUUUCAAUGACCCACUGUACAUCUUUCAAGAGAUGGCUAACAUGCUCCAGUUACUCAGCUCCUGCAACAACGUCUUCAUUUAUGCAAUAUCACAGAUCAGGUUUCGAGAGGAACUGAAGAAUAUGCUGAUGUGUCCCUUUACGACGAUCACUGCUUGCAUUAAACAGUGA